AUGUGUGCGAUUGUAAAUGCAGCUGGAAACUCUGUACCGCCGGUAUUUGUAUUUCCAAGAGCAAGAUUCCACGAUCAUAUGCUUAAGGGAGCACCAAACGGUUCGAUAGAACUAGCAAAUAGUCCCACAAACGGAUGGAUGACAAGCCAAUUAUUUGUGAAAGUCCUUGACCACCUUCAAAAAUAUUCGAGGUCUACAACGAAUGAUCCAAUUCUUCUACUUCUCGAUAACCAUGAAAGCCAUUGUUCUAUAGACGCCAUAAAGUUCUGCCGGGAAAAUGGCAUUGUUUUGCUCACUUUUCCACCCCACUGCACCCACAAGUUACAGCCGUUAGAUGUUUCAGUCAUAGGACCGUUUAAAAAGAAACUAUCACUUUCACAAAAUGAUUGGCUACUCAACAAUCCAAAGAAGACUAUUACCAUUCAUGACCUACCUUCAAUAGUGACACCGGCAUACAACAAUUCAUUCACACCAGGUCAGGUUUCAGAGCAACAGGGAUCUUUCCCUUUUCACGAAAUGUUUGUAGUGAUGAAGACUUCGAUUGUAGUGAAGUUACUAAAAGGAUCUUUAAUUCCCCAGAAGUGUCUCAACCAUCAAUACCAGGAAACACUGUAA